AUGGCGGGGGGCGCCUCGCUGUGGGCCACCUUUCGGGCCAAGGCCUUCACGGUGCAGCGCCUGGAGGCGCACCUGGCGCGCAGCUGCGUGGACAAGGGGCUGAGGCGGGUGCUGGGGGCCUUCGACCUGGUUAUGCUGGGCGUGGGGGGAAUCAUCGGCGCCGGCGUGUUCGUGCUCACCGGCGAGGCCGCGCACACAUACGCGGGGCCAGCUGUGAUAAUCUCGUAUUUCAUUGCUGCACUGGCGGCCGUGUUCUCGGCUUUAUGCUACGCGGAGUUCGCUGUCGACCUCCCAGUGGCUGGGAGUGCCUACAACUUCAUAUCACUUGCCUUCGGCGAGUUCUUUGCAUGGGUGGCUGCCAUGAACCUGUUCCUGGAGUAUGCCCUCAUAUCCAGCACUGUCGCCAAGGGCUUCACUGGCUACUUCGCCACACUGUUUGGCUGGCCCAGCGAGGUCCUUGUCCACACCGUGGAAGGCACCCACGGCCUGAUCAUCAUCGACGUCGUGGCAUUUUGCCUGACCCUGAUACUGGCCAUCAUCCUGGCACUGGGCAUCAAGGAGUCCACAACUUUCAACAACAUUGUCACGACAGUCAACCUUGCAUCCAUCGUGUUCGUGCUGGGCAUGGCAGCGCCCUACUUCAAGACUGAUAAUCUGGUGCCGUUCGUGCCACAUAACAUGGGAGUUCGAGGCAUAUUUCGCGCCGCAUCCAUCGUCUUCUUUAGCUACAUUGGCUUCGAUGGCGUGUGCACAGCUGCCGAAGAGGCCAAAAAUCCAACUAGGGACCUACCUAAGGGCAUAGUGUGGUCUGUCUUCAUAUCAGCAGGCCUGUACAUCCUUAUGGCCCUUGGGAUCACAGGGAUGAAAAAGUACCCAUUGAUUGAUAUCGACGCUCCAUUCUCAGUGGCCUUCAAUGGUGUGGGCCUGAAAUGGGCUGGCAGCAUCGUGUCUGCUGGCGCCCUCAUGGGGAUCAUCACAUCCCUAUUUCUGACCAUGCUUGCGAUGACCAGAAUCUUCAUGGUUUUAGGGCAUGAGAAGAUGCUUCCAUCUUGGAUUGCCAAGGUCAAUGCUAGACUCAGGACACCAGUCAAUGCCACCAUCGUCACAGCAACCGUUUCUGGUGUUCCAGCCCUGCUCCUCAACAUCGACUUUCUUGCCAGCAUGGUGUCCAUGGGCACUCUUUGUGUGCUCGCAAUGGUCUGUUGUGGCUCCCUGUGGCGCCAAUACUUUCAGCCAGGCUGCGACAUUCCUGUUGCGCCCAUUCUCACCAGACUACUCCUCUUGGUGGUGACUGCGGCACUUGAGGGCGUGGCGUUGGAGCUCAAAUGGCCCAUCGCCGUCUGGGCUGCAGCCAUAGGCGCUUGGCUGUUGACAGCCCUGUCUUUCUACCUCCUCCCUGUCGCCUACACCUCGCCCAACUUCAGCAUGCCCUUCAAGCCGAUCACCCCUGCCCUGGGGGUGCUCCUCACAGUCCACCUGAUGAGCUCCCUGGGCUGGCUCUCCUACGUGCUCUUCGCGAUGUGGCAGGCCAUCGGGGUGGUGGUGUACAUUGGCUACUGCAUGCACAGGACGCCCACACCUUCGCAAGAAAGGGAGCCUCUGUUGGAGGCGGGCCCCACAGGGUCGUCCGAAGGGGGUACCGACCCAAAUGAUGCUCCCAGUGGCGACGAGGCCCUGUGA